AUGUUAAGAGCUAUAGUCAGGAGCUACAGUCAGGAGCUGCAGUCACAGUCAGGAGCUGCAGUCAGGAGCUACAGUCAGGAGCUACAGUCACAGUCAGGAGCUGCAGUCAGGAGCUACAGUCAGGAGCUGCAGUCACAGUCAGGAGCUACAGUCAGGAGCUACAGUCAGGAGCUACAGUCAGGAGCUGCAGUCAGGAGCUACAGUCAGGAGCUACAGUCAGGAGCUGCAGUCACAGUCAGGAGCUACAGUCAGGAGCUACAGUCAGGAGCUGCAGUCACAGUCAGGAGCUACAGUCAGGAGCUACAGUCAGGAGCUACAGUCAGGAGCUACAGUCACAGUCAGGAGCUACAGUCAGGAGCUGCGGUCAGGAGCUACAGUCAGGAGCUACAGUCAGGAGCUACAGUCAGGAGCUACAGUCAGGAGCUGCGGUCAGGAGCUACAGUCAGGAGCUACAGUCAGGAGCUGCAGUCAGGAGCUACAGUCAGGAGCUACAGUCAGGAGCUGCGGUCAGGAGCUACAGUCAGGAGCUACAGUCAGGAGCUGCAGUCAGGAGCUACAGUCAGGAGCUGCGGUCAGGAGCUACAGUCAGGAGCUACAGUCAGGAGCUACAGUCACAGUCAGGAGCUACAGUCAGGAGCUACAGUCAGGAGCUGCAGUCAGGAGCUACAGUCAGGAGCUACAGUCAGGAGCUGCAGUCACAGUCAGGAGCUACAGUCAGGAGCUGCAGUCACAGUCAGGAGCUGCAGUCACAGUCAGGAGCUGCAGUCAGGAGCUACAGUCAGGAGCUGCAGUCACAGUCAGGAGCUACAGUCAGGAGCUACAGUCAGGAGCUACAGUCAGGAGCUGCAGUCACAGUCAGGAGCUGCAGUCAGGAGCUGCAGUCACAGUCAGGAGCUACAGUCAGGAGCUACAGUCAGGAGCUACAGUCAGGAGCUACAGUCACAGUCAGGAGCUACAGUCAGGAGCUGCGGUCAGGAGCUACAGUCAGGAGCUACAGUCAGGAGCUACAGUCAGGAGCUACAGUCAGGAUCUACAGUCACAGUCAGGAGCUACAGUCAGGAGCUGCGGUCAGGAGCUACAGUCAGGAGCUACAGUCAGGAGCUGCAGUCAGGAGCUACAGUCAGGAGCUACAGUCAGGAGCUGCGGUCAGGAGCUACAGUCAGGAGCUACAGUCAGGAGCUGCAGUCAGGAGCUACAGUCAGGAGCUGCGGUCAGGAGCUACAGUCAGGAGCUACAGUCAGGAGCUACAGUCACAGUCAGGAGCUACAGUCAGGAGCUGCAGUCAGGAGCUACAGUCAGGAGCUGCAGUCAGGAGCUACAGUCAGGAGCUACAGUCAGGAGCUACAGUCAGGAGCUACAGUCACAGUCAGGAGCUACAGUCAGGAGCUGCGGUCAGGAGCUACAGUCAGGAGCUACAGUCAGGAGCUACAGUCACAGUCAGGAGCUACAGUCAGGAGCUACAGUCAGGAGCUACAGUCACAGUCAGGAGUUACAGUCAGGAGCUGCGGUCAGGAGCUACAGUCAGGAGCUACAGUCAGGAGCUGCAGUCAGGAGCUACAGUCAGGAGCUACAGUCAGGAGCUACAGUCACAGUCAGGAGCUACAGUCAGGAGCUACAGUCACAGUCAGGAGCUACAGUCAGGAGCUGCAGUCAGGAGCUACAGUCAGGAGCUACAGUCAGAAGCUACAGUCACAGUCAGGAGCUACAGUCAGGAGCUACAGUCAGGAGCUACAGUCAGAAGCCCUCCUGAAGAGUGUGAGCGGAGGUGACUGA